AUGGACACAACACCGCCAGAGCAGCAAGCACACUGGCUCGCGUGCAUUGGGCAGCAGCUGCACGCGAUUCUGACGGAUGAGAAGACCAAGCUGAGGCGGACCGAGGAGGACAAAGAGCGGGAGAAGGCGAAGAAAGCAAGCCAGCACACGGGCACAGCAACACCAACAGCGACGACGAGAACGGCGGCAGCAACGAAGAAGAGGAAGAGCCAGAAGAAGGGGGAGAAGGGGAAGAAAGGGGUUGAAUCGUUGGAGAGGAAAGAGGAGCCGGGGAUGAUGUGGAUGCAGGCGACUGCUAGGAGCACACGACAUGACCUGAACAACGACAGGAAUUUCGGCAACGGCGACUGCGAUUGUUAUGACGACCGUGAUGGCGACGACCGUUUCGAUGGCGACGCCUGUGACUUUGGCUGUUACAGCAGUCGUGGCGACGACGACGACGACGACCGUUUCGAUGGCGACGCCUGUGACUAUGGUUGUUUCAACAGUCGUGACGACGACGACGACGACGACCGUUGCGAUGGCGACGACUGUGACUUUGGCUGUUAUAGCAGUCGUGGCGACGACUCCGAUGUCGAGGCUGCAGAAGUGCGGCGUGUGGAGAUCACAAGACCACAAACCGGAGCCAGCAAGCAGCGGCAGCGGCGGCGGGGCACGCCAUCAGGGCAGCACGGUGAAGACAUGCAGCUGGAGCCGGAACUGCGCAGGCGCCUUGAGGACUGGAACGUUCUUCCCCAUGCGACGCCGUUUUUUUUGCAGAGCACGGCAUUGCGGGCAUGGAUGACUUGCUGUGCGAAGUGA